GAAAAAUCAAUCAUCAACAAUAUUCAAAGACACUAUUUAAAAAUUUUGAGAAAAGAUAAAAAACACGAAUUGGUUUCGUAGCAAAACUGUGCUAUUUUUUUUAUUUUUCUCUAUAUAAUCACUUGGUCGGCUCUCUCCCUCCCCAAAAUUCUUCCCUAAAAAUGGCAAUGUGAUUUUCGGAAAUCUCUACAGUCUACACGCCUUCAAAUUUCCCCCUUUUUUUUCACAAAAAUACAAAUGCAUGAACAAGAUUAAGAUAUACUUGAAUACCAAAAAAAGGGGUCACUUCUCCAUAUAUUUAGCCUAAAAAAGUUGUAAUCUUGCUCGGGAUUUUGGCAAAAGCAAAGGUGUAAGGAGUUUUUGUCUUGAAAUUUUGUGUUUAUGGAGCUCAAAACAAUGGUGUUGGGUCACUUUCUGGUGGUCUCCUUGGCUUUGAACGCUGGUCUUUUAUACAGAGACUAUUGCAAUGUUAAACAGAAGUCGCAUGAUGUUUUCAGCUUCAAUGGCAGCUACAAAAACGCGUCUUUGGUUGCAAAAAGGGCUUUUCUUGAAACGAGUGAAGCGCCUUUGUCUUCUAAUGCGAUUCUCAGUGAAGCUAUUGAUCUUGAUCAUGGUGAUCCAACGAUGUACGAGCGGUAUUGGCAGCAGAUGGGAGAUCAAACGACGGUCGAGAUUCCCGGCUGGAAAUUCAUUAGUUAUUUCUCGGAUAAGACAAAACUCUGCUGGUUUUUGGAGCCGGAACUUGAAAAUGCGAUUAUCAGGCUUCAUAAAUUGGUGGGAAAUGCAGUUACGGAAGAUCGGUACAUGGUGGUGGGCACGGGUUCUUCACAGCUUUUUCAAGCCGUGCUUUAUGGGCUUGCUCAGCCCAAUUCAUCGGAGCCCAUUAGUGUAGUGUCUGCUGCACCAUUCUAUUCAUCAUAUCCAUUGAUAACCGAUUUUCUCAAAUCCGGGCUUUACAAAUGGGCCGGUGACGCUCGAAAAUUCAAGAAAAACGAGCCAUACAUUGAGCUAGUGACAUCACCAAAUAAUCCCGAUGGGUCGACAAGGGAUUCUGUGGUAAAUCGAAAUCGAGGGAUAUUAGUUCACGACUUGGCUUACUACUGGCCACAGUAUACCUCAAUCUCAUCUUCACCAGCAGAUUACGAUAUAAUGCUGUUCACUGUUUCGAAAAGCACGGGCCAUGCGGGUACUCGUCUCGGUUGGGCCCUUGUGAAGGAUCAAGAAAUCGCCAAGAAAAUGACCGAGUUCAUCGUGCUCAGCACUAUUGGCGUGUCGAAAGAGUCUCAACUUCGCGCGGCAAAGAUUUUGCAGUUCGUGACCGAAAGCCACGAGCAAAAACACCAUAUCAAGGAAAAUGCAGCCUUCUUUGAUAACAGCUAUAAUUUGAUGGCUAAGAGGUGGAAACAGCUGAGGAAUGCAGUUAAAAACAGCAAGCUCUUUAGCUUGCCCGAUUUUCCUCAACGCAAGUGUGCCUUUAGCGGCCAAACAUUUUCUUCACAACCCGCUUUUGCUUGGCUCAAGUGUGAAGGCGAAAUCGAGGAUUGUGAAGGAUAUCUUCGUGAUCAUAAGAUAAUUACAAGAAGCGGGAAGCAUUUUGGCGAUAGCGCGAAAUAUGUUAGGAUAAGUGUUUUAUCUCGCGAUGAAACAUUCGAUCAAUUCAUGGAGAGAUUAACGAGCAUAUAUUAA